CCUCACAAUAUGAACCAAUGUCGGCUGAGGAGUCUGGUGCAGAUGAAGAGGAAACUGGCGCUGGCACAGCUGGCCACUGACCACCACAUCCUUGCCCAGCUAGGCCUUCGCACCUUAAAGACUAGUUCGCCGCUGUGCGGUGCUCAUGAUCUGGACUCCUUCGCCAACGGAUGCAGUGCAGCCUACAUCGAACGCCUCUAUAGCAAAUGGAAACGCAAUCCGAAGUCAGUGGAUGAGUCCUGGGACGAGCUCUUCGGCGGCGGCGAGCGGUCAGUCUCCAAGAGGAUGCCUGUCCAAACUUCGCACUCCCGGAAGUACAGACGUGCUCCGGUGGAAAGGACAGUUGUGAAGGCUCGUCUGGGCGAAAGGACGGCAUCCGGAGCGCCAGCUCCUUCUGCGCCUCCCAGUGACUGGAAAAAUAUCGAUGACCACCACACAAUCCAGGCCAUCAUCCGGGCCUAUCAAUCGCGAGGUCACCUGGCCGCCGAUCUGGAUCCUUUGGGAAUUAUUAUUCCUGAUAAAGGAGCCUCUGUGGAUGGCUCCCAACGCAAUGCGGCCAGGGAGGUACUUAGGCAGCACUAUUCCUAUAUAUUUGGUGAUCUCAAUGCUAUGUUCAAGCUGCCCUCAUCCACGAUGAUAGGCGGUGAUGAGGAGUUUUUGCCACUGAGGGAGAUACUGGACCGCUUGGAGCGCAUCUACUGCGGCCACAUUGGAGUGGAGUACAUGCAGAUCACUUCGUUGACGAAGACCACCUGGAUUCGCGACCGAUUCGAGAAGCCCGGUUCCUUGGACUUAAACAAGGAGGAGAAGAAACUCCUUCUAGAGCGUCUGAUCCGCGCCACGGGCUUUGAGAACUUCCUGGCCAAGAAAUUCUCGUCGGAGAAGCGCUUCGGCUUGGAGGGAUGUGACAUCAUGAUCCCCACCAUCAAGGAGGUUGUGGACCGCUCAACGAAUAUGGGCGUGGAGUCUAUUUAUAUAGGAAUGGCCCACCGUGGACGCCUCAAUGUGCUGGCCAACAUCUGCCGGAAGCCCAUUGCCGACAUCCUUUCGCAGUUCCACGGUCUGGCGGCCACCGACUCUGGAUCCGGGGAUGUGAAGUACCAUCUGGGCGUUUUCCAGGAGCGGCUUAAUCGGCAGACAAAUCGCAUGGUGCGGAUCACCGUGGUGGCGAAUCCCUCGCAUUUGGAGCACGUGAACCCGGUGCUGCUGGGCAAGGCACGGGCGGAGAUGUUCCAGCGCGGCGAUACCUGUGGCAACAAGGUGCUGCCCAUCAUCAUACACGGCGACGCCUCCUUCUGCGGCCAGGGCGUGGUCUACGAAUCGAUGCAUUUGUCUGACUUGCCCAACUAUUCCACCUACGGCACCAUUCACAUUGUGACCAACAACCAGGUGGGCUUCACCACCGAUCCGCGCUUCUCCCGCUCCUCGCGUUACUGCACUGAUGUGGCCAAGGUGGUGUCUGCUCCCAUUCUGCAUGUGAACGCCGACGAUCCGGAGGCUUGCAUCAAGUGCGCCCGCAUUGCCGCCGACUACAGGCACAAGUUCAAGAAGGAUGUGGUCAUCGACAUAGUCGGCUACCGCCGUAAUGGACACAAUGAGGCCGAUGAGCCAAUGUUCACACAACCGCUGAUGUACCAGCGCAUCCGAAAGCUGAAAACAUGCCUCCAGCUCUACUCGGAAAAGCUGAUCAAGGAGGGCGUGGUCUCGGACAACGAGUUCAAGGCAAUGGUCUCUCAAUACGACAAGAUUUGCGAGGAGGCCUGGACCGAGUCCAAAACAAUGAAGAGCAUAAAGUACUCGUCUUGGAUUGACUCCCCCUGGCCGGGUUUUUUCGAAGGUCGUGAUCGACUAGAGUUGUGUCCCACUGGCAUCAGCACGGAUACCCUAAAGACAAUUGGCGAGAUAUUCUCCAGUCCUCCGCCGCCGGAGCACAAGUUCGAGAUGCACAAGGGCAUCCAUCGCAUCCUGGCUCUGCGAAAGCAAAUGGUGGAGGACAAGGUGGCGGACUGGUCGUUGGGCGAGGCUUUUGCCUUUGGCUCGCUGCUCAAAGAGGGUAUCCAUGUGCGGCUGUCGGGUCAGGAUGUGGAGCGCGGCACCUUCUCGCACCGGCAUCAUGUGCUGCACCACCAGACGGCCGACAAGGUGGUGUACACCGCCCUGGACCACCUGUAUCCCGACCAGGCACCCUACUCCGUGUCCAAUAGCUCACUAUCUGAGUGUGCUGUGCUGGGCUUCGAGCAUGGCUACUCCAUGGCCAGUCCGCAUGCGCUGGUCAUGUGGGAGGGCCAGUUCGGUGACUUCUGCAACACGGCGCAGUGCAUCAUCGAUACGUUCAUAGCCAGCGGGGAGACCAAGUGGGUGCGCCAGUCUGGUGUGGUGCUGCUCCUUCCCCACGGCAUGGAGGGCAUGGGUCCGGAGCACUCCUCCGGCCGCAUGGAGCGUUUCCUGCAGAUGAGCGACGACGAUCCGGAUGUCUAUCCGGACACCUGCGAUUGCGACUUCGUGGCACGCCAACUGAUGAAUAUCAACUGGAUCGUGACGAAUCUCUCCACGCCAGCCAACAUCUUUCAUGGACUGCGUCGCCAGGUGAAAAUGGGCUUCCGCAAACCGCUGAUUAACUUCUCGCCCAAGUCUCUGCUGCGUCAUCCGCUGGCCCGCAGUCCUUUCAAGGACUUCAACGAGUGCAGCUGCUUCCAGCGCAUCAUUCCCGACAAUGGUCCCGCCGGCAAGAAACCCGAGUGCGUCAAAAAGUUGAUAUUCUGCUCCGGCAAAAUCUACUACGAUCUCUUCAAGGAGCGCGACGAUCACGAGCAGGUCGAGUCGGUGGCCCUUGUAAGGGUGGAACAACUGUGUCCCUUCCCGUACGACCUGAUCAGCCAGCAGCUGGAGCUGUAUCCCAAGGCGGAGCUGAUUUGGGCGCAGGAGGAGCACAAGAACAUGGGUGGCUGGUUCUACGUGCAGCCACGAUUCGACACCGCGCUGCUCAAGAACGAAAGCGAAACCCGCUGUGUGUCCUAUCACGGACGACCGCCCAGCUCCUCGCCAGCCACGGGCAACAAGGUGCAGCACUACAAGGAGUACAAAGCCAUCAUCAAAAGCAUCUUUGGUGAGCUGACGCCGGAAAACAAGGCGCGUUUGGAGGCGAUAAUCAAGGAGCAGCAGGAUAAGGCCAAGGCGGAUUCUGCUCCUCCAGCCAAGAGUGGCUCAUCGCCGCCAGCAAAGAAAGGUACUUCAGACAAAAAGAGAUCGGGUUCGGUUCCAGCACCAGCUGCUGAACCUACAGCUGCAGCAGCUGAAAUUCCAUCGAUGAAGGAGCCUCCAAGUAAAAAUCCACGUUCUCCAGCCAAACGUGGCACAUCACCAUCCUACAAAGGGGAAACUUCUAUAAAAAAAAGAUCAGGUUCGGCUCCAGUACCAUCCACGGCUCCAUCUCCGUCUCCCAAAGCUCAAGCCGACCGAAGUCCUUCGAAUACUACGGCUUCUAGACCGCACUUUGUCAAACGCAAGCCUGCACAGGAACCAGCAAGUAAGAGAAAGACCCAGAAGACACCCGAGGAGGAGGAACCCGAGCCAACGACACCGCAGGCCUGAGUAAUAUUAAGAUCCUAAGUCCAAAAUCUUCGUUUACACAUUAAACGAGAGCCCAUAAUUACAGAAAGAGUA